UCAUUCACACUUCAGUUUGUUUUCUGUUUUGUACGUUUAACUGUUUACCUUCGAAGGAUCGGUUUUAUGAAUUGAUAAUAUUUAUAUUUAUAUUAUAGUUAAUUGUUCUGCUUUUUCGUGAAGUGUGCUUAUUGUUUAAGUUCAUUAAAAUGGCUGGAAAUAUGGGGGAGGAUGCUCAGUGGAGAACUCAUGCCUUUAGGCAAAAUGUUGUGGCCAAAAUUGAAGAGGCAAUUAGACAAAGUGGAAUGAAUACAUCAAGAAACAGUAUUGAAAUGGAGAACCAUGUCUUUCAAAAGGCAAAAAACAAGGAUGAAUAUCUUGGAUUUGUGGCCAGAUUGAUUCUUCAUGUAAGAGAAAUGAACACUAAAAAGGGACAACCAGGUCAAAUGGGAGGGGUUCCUGGAGGAGGCCAGCAGCAACAGGGGCCAGGUAUGCCAGAUCCUAUCAAUGCCUUGCAAAAUUUGGCUAGUCAAGGGUCAAGAAAUGCAAUGGUUGGGAUGGGAGGUCCCACACAACCUGGACAAAUGGGUGGGCCUGGACAGCCAAUGCCAAAUAUGAUGCAAUCGAUGAACAGAUCGGUUCCCCAACAAAUUAUGAUGGGCGGUAAUAUGUCCAUGCAGGGUCCCCACAUCCAAAACAUGAACAUACCUCCUAAUUCACAAAUGCCUGGUCAAAUACCCAUGCAGCUUCAACAAAUGGGAGGUCAAAUGGGUGGAGGUAUGCAGAUGCAAGGUCCUGUAGGUAUGCAGGGUCCAGGCCAAAUGGGACCUGGAAACAUGGGCCAGAUGGGUCCCGGUGGAAUGCAGGGACCUAUGGGGGGACAGAUGAUGGGGCAAAUGGCCCAAAUCCAACAGCAAAAACCUCCAAAUCCUGGUAACGCAAUGUUUUUAAAUCCAUCGAUGAUGGGCGGAGGAGCUUGUGUGAGACAAGGGGGACCUCAAAUGUUUGCGCAGAGUCCACUUCAAGGAUCAGCUCAAAGUCCUGCAGGAGCUGGUUUGUCACAGCCUCCAAGCGCAUCGCCGGCCCUUACUCCAAGUCCCGGCGCUCCUAUGGGUAUGAUGGGAGGUCCUAGGGCUCAGUGCAUAGCCUCCAGUCCGGGGGCUUCUCUAAAUACUCCCGGGCAACCGGGGCAGAGCCCCAUGGGGGCUGGAGGGCCUAUGACUGAUGAGCAGGCCUAUCGAGAGAAGGUGAGACAACUCAGCAAAUAUAUUGAGCCGCUUCGCAAAAUGAUUGCUAAAAUGGGAAAUGAUGAUGUAGAAAAAAUGGCUAAAAUGAAAAAGCUCCUGGAAAUAUUGUCAAAUCCGACGCAGAGAAUGCCCCUAGAUACCCUCAUCAAAUGUGAAAUUGUUUUGGAAAAGAUCGAUUUCAAACGGGGCGAUAGUUCAGUUAGUACCUCAGCUGCUCCACACUUACCUUUUAAGGAACCUCACGUAUUUCACUCUCUACUUGAUGCAGUGGCUCAAAAUCUUCAGAGUCCGGUAAUAAAUCACACUUUGCAUAGAACUUUUGGACCUACCUUAGACGCUUUAUUUGGCCCGGAAUUUAAGUUAGUUCCUCCUUUAAAAAAACUAAAACUAGAAGAGCCAACCAGCGAUAUCCCGGACGUUUUACAAGGUGAAAUCGCGAGGCUGGACCAGAGAUUUAAAGUUAGUUUGGACCCGAAUCAACAGCCCGGAGCUAAGAGUAUUCAGUUGACAUGCUGGUUGGAUGAUAAGCAAUUACCGUGUGUUCCACCUAUAUCUUUGAUAGUACCAGAAGAGUACCCGAAAGAGUCACCGACCUGUCAAAUGGCCUCACAUGAAUAUAAUGCGACAAAAUUCUUGAGCGACGUUCAAACUGCUUUGUUGGCUAGAAUAAAAAAGUUACCGAAGAACUUUUCGGUAUCACAACUGCUGGACACUUGGGAGAUGAGCGUCCGCCAAGCGGCUGCUCCCAGCCAUGCUCCCGGACACACUUCUUUCCCUCUAUUGGUGGGGAUAUAAAGGUAUAUAGGCUUCAAUUUUAUGUAACCUGGCUUUUCAUGUAGAUAGUUGAGAAUAAUAUUUUUUUAAAUAAGCUUACUCUAUUAUAUUGUUUUUUUUUUAAAUAUCAUAGUAAUAAGUUAUAUAAUUACGAAAAAUAUAUGUUAAUGAAUAAAAUAUAAAAAAAGAA